CAAUUAAAUCUGUUUUUUUUUGGUUCACCCUAGAUUAAUAGAUUUUUUAUGUAGAAAGAAUAACAUGAAUAUUCCGUUGUUGGUUGGAGGAGAUUUCAACUUGGAUCUAAACACCUUCGAGCCUUUUCAAGACAAUUCCAGUCUCAUCCGGGUACACAGACCGAACGUUGAGCAAGGCAGGAAGGAUCUUAAUAAUGCCUUUGUGUAUACAAUAGAUUCAAUUCAGAUAACAAAGACACAGACCAAACAGUUCCACCCUGACGUCUUCUCAAGUCCAUGGAUAGUUGUCACUGUAAAAGGCAGGACACAAAUAAAGCUGUGGGCUGUGGUCAAACUACAAAGGUUUGUUAGAAGAUAUAUGCUGAGAAUGAAGAAGAGGAAGGAAGGAAGGAUAAAGAUGAUGGAAACUAGAGAAAGAUGGAGAAAGAAGAUAGAAGGACCAAACUAUUUACCUCCUCCACCACCUCCAGCAGUAACAAAACAUAAUGGGAAAAGACGUCAGAGAUUUGAUGAUCUGAAGUCUGUACAGGAGAGGAAGCAAGAUGAAGCACAGAUAGAAAACUGGUUGAACUAUAAACCAUAA